CCGCAACUGAGGAUAACAAACGCAACAUGGCUUGUUCAUAAUCUCUUGGAAAACAUUCGAUUUGAAGCAAUCCUGCAUCAAUUCAAGUAAAAUGACCAUAAAGGAACUUGAAGAAGAAUUGAGUGAAUGCGAUGGUGAGCUUAGCGUUGCCGGAGAGAGCGAUUGUGAGCCAGAAAGCGCUGGCGACGCUUUUGAUUCCUCUCAAAUGCCUGUUGCUGGGCAAGAKAUAGACUCGCUAGAUUCCUCGAAAAAAACUAAACCUAAAAAGAAGAAGAAAAAGUGGCUAAGUAUUUGUUUAACGAACUGUAAAUAUGAUAGCGUUCGUCGCGUGUCAAAGCGAUUUGGGAUGAAAGACGUAGGAGAAGAAGAAGAUUGGUCGUUGAUGUGGUCCGAUUCUUCGAUUCCUUUCGAACGUUGCAUCGAUAUGAAGAGAUAUCAGAAAAUAAAUCAUUUUCCUGGGAUGAGUGAAAUUUGCAGGAAAGAUUGUUUAGCAAGAAAUAUGAAUAGACUGUGGAAACAGUUCCCAAAAGAUUAUGCUUGCUUCCCAAGAACGUGGUGUCUUCCUUCAGACUAUGGUGAUUUACAAACAUUCUGCCGACAAAAAAAGAAUAAAACAUAUAUAACCAAACCAGAGACUGGAAGCCAAGGCCGUGGUAUUCAAAUAAUCAAAAACCCAAAGGAGUUAAAGCCAGGGGAACAUAUGGUUUGCCAGCAGUACAUAUCCAAGCCUUUUCUUAUUGAUGGUUUUAAGUUUGAUUUGAGGAUUUAUGUACUUGUGACAUCAUGUGACCCGUUGAGGAUAUUUCUUUUUGAAGAUGGACUGGCUAGAUUUGCUACCAUACCAUAUAGUGAACCACAAAAUAACAACUUGGAUGAUAUUUGUAUGCAUCUUACAAACUACUCAAUCAAUAAACAUAGUAAAGAUUUUGUUAGAGAUGAGGAAUCUGGAAGCAAAAGACGUCUUACUACAAUUAAUAAGUGGUUUGAAGACAAUGGGUAUGAUAUCAAGAUGAUAUGGCGUCGCAUUGAGGAUGUGAUUAUCAAGACAUUGAUAACAGCUCACCCAACCUUAAAGCACAACUACAGGACAUGCUUUCCAAAUCACAACAAAGGCAGUGCGUGCUUUGAGAUUCUUGGCUUUGAUGUUUUAUUGGACAGGAAGUUGAAACCAUGGAUUAUUGAGGUCAACUUGUCACCCAGUUUUUCUACUGACUCUCUUCUUGACAAAGAGAUCAAAGAAGGUCUUAUCCAUGAUGCUUURAACUUAGUUAACUUUGGCGCUUGUGACAGAAAAAAGAUCAUUGAAGAAGAUAGAAAGAAAGUUCGGGACAGACUUCUGCAAAAGCAGAAACCUAAAGAAUCCAAACGUGAGGAAUGUAUAGAAAACCAGGGUCAGAACACUGAGCAAUUGAAAAAAUUUGAAGACAARAAUGUGGGAAGAUAUAGGCGCAUCUACCCUGAAGACAAUGAAGAAAAAUAUGUUCAAUUCUUUGAAAACAGUUGCUCUCUUUUCCAAGAAACUACAGCCUCUAAAGCAAGAAUAGAGUGUGCAAGAAUCCAACGAGAGCAAAUCCAAGCAAAGCAAGAACUUGACAUCGCAAAGCAGAAAAACUCMAAGAACUCCAGAGUAGCUAGGCCAGAAAGUCCUCAUGGAGGAAGAUCGUCGAUAAGAAAGCCACCUAUCAGAAGGUCAUAUCAGCCAAGGAAGAAGACUGAACAGGAGCUGAAGAAAAGCAGUUCAAGUGACUCUUUAGACACGAGUAAACCUAUUGAUAUUUUAGAAGAAGAAGAGCUAGAGAGAAUAACAUUGCUACUGCAGAGGGAUAAUCUUAUUCGUGGUUUAGGCGUGGUGGAAUUUGUUUAUAAGCUUCUACAUUGUACUCCUGGCACUGGAGGACCACAGAAAAACUGCUGCUUUCACGAUAAGGAGGUUAACGAAAAAGCAGACUCGUCUAUAUCUCAAAGAUCAAUGAACUCGUUUCCCGCGACGCUGGGUAUGACAAGUGCUGGAGGCUCGUCAACGCAUCCUAGUACCUAUAGUAGACUAUCCCAUCAAACAGCACAUCUAACAAACGCUGUUAACGUCAAUUCUCUACAGCAACAUACAACUAUGUUAAAUCGAAAUGAUCGACGAGCACUUGGAGUUACUCCAGGGUACAAUGGMGGUAAUUUAAAGCAUCGCUUGGGAACACGAAGGGCUGUAACUAAGGCACCAAAUAUGCUAGGGACCGAUGUAGAAUGGCGGCCUAACUAUGACGAAGCAAGGCUGUAUGGUCAAGUGUUUGACACGCGAAGCGAAAGCCAACCGAGUGCGGGAGCUAAGCUAAGAUCUUUUAGUGCAARUGGGUCAAAGCUGCACGACUCACCAAACGGUGCACGGGCUAAUCCGCGAGUCGCAAACACAAACGCUGCGGGAUCACUUGGAAGCAACUUAUCCAGUUCAGGAGGUACUCCAUAUAAUGUGAGCCAGCAGUAUGCGUGUACAGCGUUCCCGUAUCCUAAUAUAACUAAGGUUACACCACAUCAACCUGUAUCUAUAGGACUGUCUGUCAUAUCAGGACSGGCACCUAUAAUGAAUAGACCUGAUGGGGCCGUAGGGGAUCAUGGGCUACCUCCUAGAAAACCCACCAAUGGUUUAUCCAAUCAAGGAAGGGUGACUAAAGUCCAUCGUGCAAGAGAAGCGCCGAAUACACUUAGAUUUAAGAAUUUACCGGAAAGUCAUGUUGUGGCGUGACAGCAUUCGAGAAAUCCCGUGACUCCUUGAGUAACGCCACAUUGCAAGAAGGAAAUUAGCCAUGUAAUACAUUUAGAAUAUCGUUAAAAAUAAUUACCGCAUAAAUAGUCAUGCAAUAGACUUUUUGAUAUCGUUUUACUAAAAAAUACUAUUUUAGGAAAUGRCACCAAUAUAUUUAUUGUUUUAUUACAUGUUAAUAUGCUAUGAAAUCCUAAUAAAAGUUAUAUAGAUUUUUAACGUGAGAUUUUUUAACUC